AUGGCUACUGGCACGCUGACGCGCAGCGAGGCAGCCUACUGGUGGCUCAGGGGCAACAUCCCGAAGGGCACAGCGGUCCGGGAGGGUGACGUGGUCUCCACAGCAAGCGCGCAGGCAUUCGAGCUUCUGGGCCCGCAGGUGGCGCCAAGUCUGGGCUCGGUCUGGAGAGCGGUGCAAGAGCAGCGCGGGAAGGCCGCUGGGCUGGACGGCUGGGCAGGAGACGAGCUCUUCCCUGCGAAGUUCCACGCUGAAAGCUUUGCAUCCCUGUGCUUAGCUUUCGAGGCGCUCGGGGUAGUGCUGGCCGCGUG